AUGACAUUUAACCGCACACAGCAUGACGCUGCUGGCUGGUCAUCAAUCGGGAUUGGCACCCAUAUGAACGGAUCCAUCAUUUUCGUUCUAUAUGGAGAUCCAAAUUUGGAAUCGCCUCCGACACUCAGCAUCCGUUCGACAAGCCGCCAUCUCCCACCUGUAAACUUGUCCCUCGGAGACCAGCACCAACACGGAAUUCAUAUAGGUUAUAUUGAAACUUCCUGGGAAUCUUCACACAAGGAGAGCUCAAAAACAGCCGUAGCAAGUUUUGUUUGUUAUGGUUGCAAUGCAUGGUACAAUGCAGAUAGAUCAGCGAUAACUCCAGUCCUACCUUUUAUCUGGGGUAUGAAUACAGACCAAGACUUCUCUAUUGUCGAAUAUGCAGAUGAUGCAGAUUUACUGAUGCACAAUCGUUUCGGUGCUUUUGACCUCGACAUGACGAAAGAGAAAGGCAUCGAACCCAAUCAACUCCCAGCCACCAUCUCAAAUUUUCUCAAACCUUAUCCCCCUGCGUCAGAAGUCGAGGAUGUCCCAGAGGACUACGAAAACUUAAAUCAAGCGCACAACCACUACGACAAUGACAUCUCCGAGAGCGCCAAAACAGUCCCUUACAAACACAAACGAAAAAUAUGGCUACUCCAUGGCCUCCUUCUAGUGGCCUCUUUAUUUUUACUCCUUCCUUUGGGGGCCUUCUUCAUCCGCAGCGGCUCGCCUCACUCCCUGUAUCUACAUCUCAUCCCGCAAAUCCUUGGCUCGAUAUUGGGGCUCGCUGGAAUCACCGUUGGAUUCUUCUUAAGUUCUAAAGUCAGUGUAUGGCACCAGUACAUUGGUAUAGCACUUGGAACUGCCUUGGUUGCUCAGCUAGGAUUAGGACUGCAGCACCACCGUGUAUUCUCACGAUUGAAGAGGAAGACAUGGAUGGGAAGUGUCCACAUUUGGAUCGGAAGAUUCGUUCUUCUGGGAGGCUGGGCGAAUUUUAUUGCAGGCUUAGAUCUUAGUGAUUACACGGUAAACCUGAAAGUUGGAUUCGCUAUCGCCUCUGCCAUCAAUGCGUGUGGACUUAGUUUUUCUAUCUAUAGGCAUGCUAUUGGAGAACCACUUGGAAAUAAUCUCAAAGUUCCUUGGGUUAAAGUGGCAAAAGGUGUCAAAUGGAUAGAUGGUGGGAUCGCAAACUCAGAGUGCUAUUUCGCAUUAAAUGACGAAAACGAUGAUGGUGAGAGCUCAGACGCAGAAACUGUUGGAGACGGGAGAGCAAAGACAGAUGGUAAGGGGGAAAUGGACUGA